AUGUCUGACGACGAGGACUUCAUGCAGGAGUCUGACGAGGAGCAGUACGACUUCGAGUACGAGGAAGACGAUGAUGAGGACUCUGGAGACGUCGGCAUCGAGAACAAAUACUACAAUGCGAAGCAACUCAAGCUCACCGAUCCCGAGGAUGCUAUUGCCGAAUUCUUAGGCAUACCACCGUUAGAGGAGGAAAAAGGCGAAUGGGGUUUCAAAGGCUUGAAACAAGCCAUCAAACUCGAGUUCAAGCUGGGGCAGUAUGCAAAGGCGACGGAGCAUUAUGCCGAGCUGUUGACAUAUGUCAAGUCGGCUGUGACGAGAAACUACUCCGAGAAGUCGAUCAAUAACAUGCUGGACUACAUUGAGAAGGGAUCAGACAGCCCCAAGGCCGUGGCAUGCGUCGAAAAGUUCUACUCCCUCACACUCGAGAGCUUCCAGAGCACGAACAACGAGAGGCUAUGGCUGAAGACGAACAUCAAGCUAGCCAAACUCCUUCUCGACCGCAAGGAUUACAACACGGUCACCAAGAAGCUUCGAGACCUUCACAAGGCUUGUCAGAAGGAAGACGGCAGUGACGAUCCCAGUAAGGGCACAUAUUCUAUGGAAAUAUACGCCCUCGAGAUCCAGAUGCACGCCGAGACCAAGAACAACAAGCAGCUGAAGAGACUUUAUCAGCGUGCCCUCAAGGUCAGGUCCGCUGUGCCUCACCCCAAAAUCAUGGGAAUCAUUCGCGAAUGCGGUGGCAAGAUGCACAUGAGCGAGGAGAACUGGGCCGAAGCGCAGACGGACUUCUUCGAAUCCUUCCGCAACUACGAUGAGGCCGGCUCGCUCCAGCGGAUUCAGGUGCUCAAGUACCUACUUCUUACGACUAUGCUUGUCAAGUCUACCAUCAACCCGUUUGACUCGCAGGAGACGAAGCCGUACAAGCAGGACCCCCGAAUCACUGCCAUGACCGACUUGGUGGACGCAUACCAGCGUGACGAUGUUCACGCCUACGAAAAUGUCCUGCAGAAGAAUCAAGACAUUCUCGCCGACCCCUUCAUUGCUGAGAACAUUGACGAAGUCACGCGCAACAUGAGGACGAAGGGCGUCCUGAAGCUGAUUGCACCGUACACACGAAUGAAGCUGUCAUGGAUCGCGAAGCAACUGAAGAUCUCAGAGCCCGAAGUUCAAGACAUCCUAGGUUUCCUCAUUGUUGACGGCAAGAUCCAGGGCAAGAUUGACCAGCAAGCCGGCACCCUCGAGAUUCAAUCGGACGCGGACAGCGAUCGUACCAAAGCUUUGUACGAACUGACGCAAUCCGUCUCGACUUUGUACACUACCGUGUUCAAGGAGGGCGAAGGCUUCCGAUCGACCGAGUUCCCUACCGAUGAGCAGACCAUGGAGAUGAUGGGCGGCGGCAUGACCCCCAGAGGCGGCGGUCGCGGACAGCCGCGGGGUGUCGGACGGAAGGGCAAGGGCGUGGUGCCAUCGAUGUGGACGUGA